CCUUCGGCGACGGUAGUGCUCCUUUCGUUGGGAAGCAGAGUGUUAUCCUUCCAGGCACUGUCAAUCGUAUUCCGCGCCUAUCGCACGGCCAGUGACUGUUUUAGCAAGGGAGCUGAAAAUAUUAAUGGUUUAAAGCUUUGUGGCUGAGCAAGCAGAAGAUAGUCGAUAAAGGAUUAACGUGUACGUGUGUGUUUUUAUAAUUGUGCUUCUGCCGUGAGUUGUAAAUGAAUGUGAUUCCAGUAGAAAGUUUCGCGUGUCUCAAAAUAAAGCAACGAAAAUAAAGGUGCUACCAGUGUUUUCCACAGUGGGGCGUGUGUCUCUCAUCCGUGAGCUCCAAAAAUGAAAUGAAUGCAAAAAGUGACGGAAAGAGCGAGAAAAAAAAGAUGAAUCAAGCUUCAUUCAGUGUCGUGGUAGUGUUCAAUUUCAGCUUCCGGGUGAAGCAGAGCUUUUGCUAACGCAACAGUGACCGGAAUGUAGCAAAGUUUAAUACUGCUUUUAUCUGACCGGUAGAGUGUGUCUUUUCGUCCCCUUUUAAAAAUAAAAGUAAUAGCAAAAAAAAACCUCGUAUCGUCGGUAAAUAGGGAGUAAAAUUACGAUACAAACCGUGUUCUCGUACGUGCGGGUAGAAGUGAUUUGUGCCAUGGUGGUCUGUGCUGCCCAUCCGUAAAUCGCAGCAAAACUCCAGUGAGCGCAGAUGGUUCGUGGAGGGUUAGUGUGUCCGGUACCGGAUGACGAGGGUAGAUGCUGCUGCUGACUUUGUGAUAAGAAGUGGUGGUGAUAAUGGUGCUGGUGGUGGUGUAAGUAGUGGUGCUAGAGGCAGUGGUGGUGUUGUACUUCCCGCCAACAAACCAGGGGAAAUAGGUGUGAAACCCAAGCGCCCGUAACCGCCCGUUCCGUCGUCUGUGGCCGUGUGCAGCGAGCAAGCCAAGUGUGCAGCCAAAAUGAGCGAGUCGGUCGAGCUGGAGCUGUUGAUAAAUUGUACCCAGGCGACCAUUCUGCGGUUUCCCUGGUCGACGGACUUCAAUACGACCGUGAUCGGCGAGCUGAAUCGGACGGAAGUGCUCGACGUGUUGGGCGAAAUGAUUACGAGAAGCCGUGGAUACGUGCCCAAGUCAACCGACCUGCUAACGCUUAGAGAGUUCAUCACGGAAUGCCUGUUCCCGACCACCAAAAGCCCGUACGAGCUACCCUGGCAGCUGAAGACCGCCUGGGGCGUCGUGUUCGGCGCGAUGCUGCUCGUAGCCAUCACCGGCAACUGCAUCGUCCUGUGGAUCGUACUCGCACAUCGGCGGAUGCGCACCGUAACGAACUACUUCCUGCUGAAUCUGAGUGUGGCCGACCUGCUGAUGUCCUCGCUCAACUGUUCCUUCAACUUCAUCUUCAUGCUCAACUCGGACUGGCCGUUCGGGUCGGUGUACUGCACGAUAAACAACUUCAUGGCCAACAUGUCCGUCGCAUCGUCCGUGUUUACGCUGGUGGCAAUCUCGUUCGAUCGGUACAUUGCGAUAGUGCAUCCGCUGCGCCACCGGACGUCUCGGAAGAAGGCCCGGAUCUUUCUUUUAAUCAUCUGGGCGUUGAGCUGCGUCCUAGCGGCACCGUGCCUGAUGUACUCGACUGUGAUGACGAAGCGAUAUAACAACGGAAAAACCCGCACGGUUUGCUAUAUGCUCUGGCCGGACGGACGAUAUCCAACAUCGAUGGCAGAUUACAUCUACAACCUGGUGUUCCUGAUACUCACCUACGGCAUUCCGAUGCUGAUCAUGAUCGUCUGCUACUCACUGAUGGGCCGCGAGCUCUGGGGCAGCCGCUCCAUUGGCGAACACACCGAACGGCAGCUAGAGUCGAUGAAAUCGAAAAAGAAGGUUGUGCGAAUGUUCAUAAUUGUGGUAACGAUAUUUGCCAUCUGCUGGUUGCCAUAUCAUCUGUUCUUUGUCUACGCGUACCACAACAACCAGAUGACUUCCUCGAGCUACGUCCAGCAGCUCUAUCUCGGUUUCUACUGGCUGGCGAUGUCAAACGCAAUGGUUAAUCCCAUCAUCUACUACUGGAUGAAUGGCCGCUUCCGGGUGUACUUCCAGGAAAUCAUCUGCUUCUGCUGUCUGCAGUUCAUCAACUCCCGUAUGCGAGACGGCGUGCCGCAGGGUGUGCUGCUGAACAAGAAUUCCAACUCCGAGCUGGGCCGGUAUCGGUCGUAUCGGCCGCGUUCCGUCUCGGUACGGUGGCGACCACCGAGCACGGAAGAGUACCGGAUGCGUACCGGACUGCCCCGCCCAGCUCAUCUCGGGGUGAACGUGCUCGAGAGUGCGACCAACGGUGGCAGUGACAAACAGCCCGUCGUCGACAUUGCCGAACUGCAGACCAUCAACUUUCUGCACCUGAACCACAACUCGAACGAGCUGCAGCACAGCUCCUCCAACAGCCACGAAUUCUCCUGACAUCCGCAGUACGACUAAGCCGACGGGCACCGGCAAACGGGUCCCGGGGCUGAGCCGCGGGAGACAAGCUUUUGCCAGUAACGGAUGACGAAUGACGACCGGUGGCUAUUGGCGAUGGUCGCCAGCAAACGCGUGUGUGUGUGUAUGAGUGUGUGUGUGACCGGAUCCGGAUGCCCAGUGCCAGUGGAGCACCCCUACACUCCUGCUGCUCCUCACAGACACUAUCCAGGAGCGGACAUGUAUACACAUACGUACACAAACACUCACACACAUACAAACGCGCGCAUCUGCACACGGAACUGAAGAAAACUCAAUUGGUUUGCUGACUUUUGGGGAACGACCGGGCGAUGGUUGGGGAACCAGUCAAUGGACGCGUUCGAUGACGAUCGAGCUUCGAGCACCCGUAGGUUGUAGUGAGAUAAAACAUUAGUUCGAAAGAGGGUUUUAAAGUAGUGAAACAGAAUUUAGCAACGGCCAAUUCUCUAGUGUGUUUUUAAAGCGUUCGUGGUGAUUGCCGGUGCUGUACGCGGUAAGUUAGAGAGAAAGAGAAAGAGAAAGAUAGAGAGAGAGAGAGAGAGAGAGAGAGAGGGAGAGACAUGAAGGAUGGAAGAUAGUAAAACAGGAGGGAGACAACAUUAACAUUAAACAGAGAAACCUAAGUGAGAGAAACAUUGAAUAUAUAGUUUAUUUAUUUUGCCUAGAUCAUGUUGAUCAUCACACGUGUUCUUGAGAGUUGAGCGAGACCGCAUCAACCCGCAUCGAAUAGGCAAAGGUGAACUGUUAGUCGUUUAAGAGCUAUACUUCUAGAGAGAUAUCCAUAUUGAUACACAAGUAGCAGGGCUGUCGAAAGCUGAUUGAAAAGCCAGUUAGUCUAGCAGCACCAUGGACAAUGGUUGUAUGGGCCGGCCCCAUAGUGCACACAGCUCAAUGGCAGCUAGGAAACUAGCCAGAAAGAUAGACAUCGCAGCAUGCCUAGCUAAACAACAGCGAACGAAGGUGUUGGUAGAAGCGAUCGAAGCAGUGGAAAGCAUGGUACAAAGCUAUCGGUGCACGCGAAAUGCAAGUUGUGCGUUAAAAGUGUGUUAGCUUAAUGGUUGGAAGCUCACAUAGAUGUUAAUAAAAUACGGCAAAACAUAGUGAUUUAAUUAAUUACAACGA